GUGAAACACUGAUAGACAAUAAAAGCAAUUACACACAACACCCUCUCACAUGUAAUUCCUAUUCAUAUCAAUUCGGUUUCAUUACACCACAAUCCAAUUCAAACUGGAGACAUUUAUUUUUGACAUAGUGGCCAUUAAAAGACUAACCCUGGUCAUAAAUGUCUACAAGAUAGGAGAGACUUAAUCAUUCCAUUGGUCUUGUUCUCUCUUUCCACAUCUCUGUUUUCCUCUCUCCCUCUCUCUUACACACACAGUACUGAGCCCAGGAUACUGAAUAAAACCGGUUUAGUAUAUCACUGGACAAUCUUUCCAAGCAUUUUACCUUUUGCUUUCUUUAAUUUCAAAGCAAGAAGGACAGUAAUAUAUCUAAAUGCCACACUUUUUUUCCUGAAUGUAAGAAAGAUUAGACUGAAGUAUUGCCAGUACUUGAGAAUGAGAGAGUUAAAACAUUUGCCAUUUCAAAUAAGACACAUACUGAGAGCGAAAUAGAUAGGUUUGUAUAGAACGUCAUGCAAGUUCUACCCUGUACAGUAUAAACUGAAAUUCAGCAUAAGUCAGACCUUUAACAUUCCAUUGAAAAUGUAUCAUAUUCAUGCCCAAGAUCAGACUCUGCGGUUUUUAUUUGUGAUGCUAUGGGCUAAGUGAAACCCGAAAUAGAGCAUAUCUGGUGAAAAUCUCUUCAAGAGUUGCAAAGAUAUAACUUGAGUGACAAAAUAGAGAACAGAUAAAUCUAAGCUACAUAACUACAUUCAUUUAUAUGUUAUAAUAAUCUACGGUUGUGCAUCAAUUAAACACAAAAGUAGCCUUUUUAUGCCAACAAUGAACAUCCUCCAUGAACCUCACCAGCCUGCUUAGUUAACAUCAGUGGGUAUUCUAGAUGGACAGACAGCUUCAUGAAGUUAACAGAGACACAGACACUGAGUGUACAAAACAUGAGUCUUUUUAUGAGGGCAAAGGGGGGUGUAAACUCAAUACUAUGAAGCCGUUCCUAAUGUUUUGUACACUCAGUGUAAAUCAUUCAGUAUGUGAACCCAAGGCUUCCCAAACUCUGCCUAAAUUAUUCAGUUUGAUUGUGUAACAUUUGGAACCCUUUCAUUUCCAUAAUAAAAAGUAACUGCCCCUAAAACCAACGAAUCCCUUUGAAAACAGUAUGUGUGUCAUUGAUGUCAGAAACAUUUAUUCUAGUGUCAAAAUUGACUAAAAGGUGUAAUUGGAUACAUUUGGUAAUAAAGUCAGUAUCGUCUAAAACGGAGUUUGGAACCUCCGCGCUUCACAACGAGUAAAUUAAGGUUGGGUUUGGAUUACGACGUCAACAUAUCAUUCCCCCUUUUUCCAAGCUCCAUGUGCACAUCACCCCUCUGCCCACGUCGCUUCAUUAUUUCAUCGCCCUCAACGCGUUCAAAGGAUCACGGCGUGAAAAGCCCAAUACGGAUUGCACAGCCAACAACUAUGGUUUGCAUGCCCUGCGGAAGGACCCUAUCACGCGGAAUAGGUGGUUGGAGUUUAUUGCGGUCUCCAGUGGUGAUAAAGUGCACAGUUGGGUGCCAGACUGAUCCCCUGGUCAUGAAUGGACCUACCAAAAGGAGCAAAGCUUGUAAAGUAAGACCUCAUAAUAAAGUUGUGUCAUGUGACACCUCUGUUGACAUUCUCCCUCAACGAUGAAAAGGACACGCCAUCAUGAGGCCUCUGAUAGUGCCCGAGUUACUGCACUGAUGACACAGUCGGCUUCAUCAAUGACGACAGGGAAUUUGUUCGAGAGCUGUCCAGUUUACAGCCAAUCAUACAGCAUAGAGAAGACCAACAAGGGGGCCCUCAUCAGCAUCAUGCAGACAUGCCCUGGCUGUGAGCAUUCCUAUGAAUGGAACAGUCAAUCACAUGUUGUAUCUUUGAUAAGGGGCCAGGAGCUGAUCUAUGCUGCUAUGCCCAUCAACGGGGCUCUGGCAAAGACCUCGCCUCACCUCUUGCCUGCUCACCAACGGUCGUCGAUGGCAAGACCAGACUCACGGAGUACCAAGAAGAGUAUGCCAGAGGUGUGGUGGAGAGGACCUGGAACUGAAGCCAAGAUACACACCUACACUGGCAACGCCAUGAACACGUACACAGGUCCUUCGUACGCCCCAGCAUCUAUCUACAUCCUCAGGCUGCGGUCCAAGGACCAGGACACCAGGGCUACUGUGUACCUCCAUGAGGGCUCUGGGACCUCCUGGGCCUUCCCACAGCUUCCCUCUGACUCCCGUGUCCACACCCUGGGUGUAGGAAUGACCAGUGUCACCCUCAGCUGGGCCCCCAGUGCCUCCCUCAAAAGGCUGCACACCCAACGCAGCUAUGACUACUGUGUCCUCGUCAAUCGCAAACAUAACUACCGCAACCUUUGUGCCGCCCAGGAGGGCAUCAGGAAGGAGCGGGAGAAAGAUAAGAAAAGGGAGAAGAAGAACAAACAGAGGAAAGUAACUGUGUGGCCGAUUCUCAAAGACUGGUGGUGGCAGCAGUGGGAUGCUGACACUGAGCUUCGGUCACCCGCUGCGCUCCGUGACGACUAUGGUCAUCUCCAAUGUGCUUGUAAGGGAACAGAGAGCGUGUGCACUGUCUCUGAGCUCGUCCCUGACACGCAAUACUACUUUGACGUAUUUUUGAUUGACAGGCUAAAUGGAACCAGUGCAGCAUAUACUGGAACAUUCGCUCAAACACACGAGGAGGCCCGACCAGCUAUCACACCACUUAGGGAAGGGGAGCUCCAGUGGGUGACCUUCCGGGAUGGAGGCUCAACCUCUGGGGAGUUCUUUAGCUUCCGCCCCCGGGGCUGGCAACAGAGUGGCCUGCUCACUCUACAGAGCUGCGGAAGCAGUGAGAAGAUCAACGUCACCGUUUCCAGCAAGGGCAAAGAGCUGAGCUCCCAGGCUGUGGGAGAAAACCUGGCUCAGAUCUGGCUCCAGGGCAGCCCUUCCUACCUCAUCCACUUGGAGAAAGCGGGAACGGCGGCUCCCAGACAAGCUGCUACAGGAGUGCUGAAGGCCUCUGUUAAGAUGCAGGCGUCCUCCACUUACCAUCGUCAAGGGAUACCUUCGCUCCCCUCCACUCUGCAGAUAAAGUCUUUCAACAGGCUCAGGAGCUGUAAAUCUGUCACCCUGGCCUGGAUGGGCACAGAGGAGAGGAGCCUUUACUGCGUGUACCGCCAGAGGCUGGGUAAGGGGGGGGGGAAGAAGGGAGGCACGGCACCCUGCCUGGGGCCUGAGUCACGGUCGGACACUGAGAGGGUCCUGUGUAAAUACUUCCAGGAGCUCAACCCUCGACGGGCUGUCACGACAGCCGUGAUCGGAGGCCUGGAGCCUGGGGUGGCCUACAUAUUUGAUGUCUAUCUAAUGAGACGCUGGGGGAUCCCCAUAAAGUACAGCAGCAAGACAGUAAGAACCAGGAAGGAGUGCUGAGCUGCUGCCCACUCCUAGUCUCAGUCUGCAGCAGCAUUGGACUAAACAAAGAGGUGAUUUACAAAGACUUACCAUGACAAAGUCAUUCUACUAUGAGGGAGACUGUUAAGAAAUGUGGUACACCCUCUGAAGAGUGGUCACAUUUGAACACUGGUACUCAUGGAUUGGGUAGAAGUAGCAGAGGGGCGACUGCACACCAGCAAAAUUCAUUCCAUUUCAGUAACCUGUGCUUUUUGUCUUUUUGUUCAUAGUUGUUGAUGAUGUGCCAGUUGUCCAGGUACUAAUUGUGCGACUGAGUACAAAGGAGGAUAUACGUUUUUGAUUAAUACAAAUUUUCAGUGAAGACCGUGCCAAAAAAUAUGCAACAGAAGCAGAUAGAGAUUUGAUUAUACUUUGCAAUGGGGAGAGAGAACUUAUGGCAAGAACCUACAGUAUAUAUUUAGUGCUGCAUUGUUUUGUUUCAAUAUUCUACAGGCUUGAAACAGAUAGGGUAAUCUAUUGAUGCUUAGCGCAAAGUCAAUGUGUAUCUUGUGUUCUGCUUUCGCAUGAAGUAGAUAACAUUUGUUAGCGACUAGCUUCAUUGUCGUUGAUGUAUUAUUGUGCUAUACUUCAAAUACACCAAUAAACACACAUUAGGUAUCUGUA